AUCUCACGCUAAUUUCGAUAUUGCCAUUGGUUUCUAAAACAAACGUACCAACUAAUAAACCGGAGGAAAUAAACCGUAACCGGUUAACAGCUAUGAGCGAUUUAUUAGCCGAGACACUAACACGGAGUGACUCGGUCGUUAAGAAACGAGUUAGGCACGAGUUGGACGAGCUAGUCCUCGACUCGCCCGACGUGAAGCGGUUGAAAGACGAUUUGUUCGACGACUCGGGCCAUGACUCAGAGAUUCAGGAUCUCGACUCGUUGAUGAAAAGCUUCGAGGAUGAGCUGUCGACCGCGACGGAGCAAGGCUCCGGCGAGACUCUUCCGGAUCUCGGAUACCUUUUCGAAGCUUCCGACGACGAGCUAGGUUUGCCUCCGCCUCCGCCACCACCGCCACCGUCUACGCUUCUUCCUCCGUCGUCGGAUUCGUCGGAAGUCGGCGAGUUAUGUGGAUUUGAGGAGCGUGUUACGGGCUUCGGAGCUUUCGAUCUGGAUGAGGGACUAUUCGAAUAUUCCGAUGUUUGUUUAGAUUCCGGUGACCUGUUUUCAUGGCGGCCGGAAACUUUACCGGCGGAGUAAACAAUAUUCGUGAGUGUUUUUCGUUAAGCUAAACGACGGCGUUCUGUGGAAAGCGUGCGGCCUUGCUUUGUUUAGUGAUAUAGGGACCUCUAUAUGUUUUUCUGAGAUUUUUAGGACUAGAGAAAUCAAAUGGUUAGUCUAGUAAAUUGCUUAGGUUAGUUUUAUAAGAAUCCAUAUUUCUGGUGAUCUUGAAUCGUUUUCUUCCUUUGUCUGUGUUAAAUUAAAGUAUUAUCAAGAUUUUACCCCCAUAUAAGAUUGAGAUCAGUUA